AUGAGUUCUGUUAAAGCUGGAUCAUACAUUCCACCGGAUAUAGGACGACCUGCGGGGCUAUUGCCAUAUUGUCCUGGGGUCUUUAAAAAAGCCAUUAUAAAUCCGAAGACAUUACAGCGACUUCAAGUUAUAUCACACCAGAAUACAUCGCGUGGUUACUUUAGAAAGGCUCUGCCUAUACCCGUGGCUGACAAAAUGGUGGCCAAUGAUAGAAAUAUAGAUUUAAGGAACAAGAAAACAGUCCUCUACGCGGUAGGCUACUUCGAAACCUCCGGUUUGCUGGAUAGCCGGGUCAUUGCUUCUACAUAUCUCAGCAAAGGAUACAACGUCUUCAUCACUGAUACCUUCGAUUUUCUCCAUUUCAUUUACCCGAAAUCAGUUCGAUUGGUGAAAGCAAUUGGCAAGGAAAUGGGUGAAUUUCUGAUAAAAUUAUCGAAACAAGGGAUGAAAGCUGAUAAUUUAGAACUAGUUGGCGUAAGCCUUGGUGCCCAUAUAGUAGGCUUAGCUGCUAAACAUUUCUAUUCGGUAACUGGCAAUAAACCAUCAAGAGUCACUGGUUUAGAUCCAGCUGGACCUUGCUUUAGGUCUGUGCCACCGGAAUUUAGAUUAGAUUCUUCAGAUGGAGAAAAAGUAGAUGUCGUCCAUACAAAUAUGGAUGGCUUUGGUAUAGCCGAACGCCUAGGACACGUAGAUUUUUAUAUCAAUGGAGGAGAAUUCCAACCUGGUGACCUUAUUUUUAAUCCCUGUAGUGUAGCGUGUAGCCAUGCAAAGUCUGUUUUUUAUUGGUGGCAAGCUUUGAAGAAUCCAAAAAAGUUCAUAGGCAUUAGGUGUAACUCUAUCCAAGAUGCGAGGUUGGGGAAGUUCAAAGAAGAUAGUCAGACUAACUUUUUAGGCGCUGAGACUAAUUUUUCUAACCCUGGUAUUUAUUAUUUGGGUACGAUAAAUGUUUUCCCUUAUUACUAUGAAAAUCCGGAAGACGCGGUGAAACCGGACAAUGAUUUUGCACUGCUCGGCAUUAAAGUGAUCAAUAACAAUGAUGUGCUAGAAGUUUAA